GUUAUAUCCAACCCUUCGUCACCAACAAUUAUUUCAAAUUUCAAACAAAACCAAACCAAAAGCAAAAAACCAAACCAUUAAUUAAUAAUGGCUUCAGCUUCUGUUUCAAUGUCUUUACCACUAACUCAAGCCACACACAAAAACCUCAAAAAUCCUUCUUCCAACACACCCUUUUUGAAACCAUUACCCUUUCCACAAGCAAAGAAGACACUAAUCAACAAUUCAUCAUCAAAAUCCAAUCUUGUUGGAAUUCAAGCAUCAUUGAAAGACAAAACAGUUAAGGGUCUAACAGCUUUUGCAUUAACUGCUUCUAUGGUUUUACCAGAAGCUGCUCAUGCAGCUGGAAAUGACUUUUCACCUUCUCUUAAAAACUUUUUGCUUAGUAUUGCUGCUGGUGGUGUUGUUCUUACAGCUAUCUUAGGUGCUGUUAUUGGUGUUUCCAACUUUGAUCCUGUUAAGAGAACUUAAGACUAUGUUUGGUUCAAUCUCAAAUUUCUACAUUUUAUGUUAGUCAUGUUUUUUUCUCACCUUUUUGUCCCAUGUAAUUUGUAUGCAAUUGUUUCUAAUACAUGAAGGAUUAUACCAUAA